UUGAAUGAACUUAGUUUGCUAAUCUUUCAAUAUUUGUGAUCUUCUGUUUGCAAUUGAGCGAAAAACAAAGAGAUAAGCCAAUUCAAAGCGUAUAGCCAAAAACUGCUGUGAGUAUUCCAAAAUGUGUGGCGGCCUAUUUAGUAUGCUCUGAGUACACAUUGGGUUCGGUUGAAAAAUCGCUGAAGAAUAUCUUCUACAACUUACUUUGUGUGUGCGCUUGUGUCGGUUCCUUUGUGUCUCAUUAGCGGCAGACACUAGUAGUUUCCAUCUCACCAAAAAUAUACAACAAAUUUAGCAACAAGUAGCGUGCACGGUUUUAAAAUAAACGAAAUUCGAUUUUCCUCUCCAAGCGUGUGCGUAUGUGUGUGUGUGUGUCACCGUGUGCUGUAGGCUGCGAUGAUCCACUCGUUGUGAUAAACUCCAGUUGCACAGCGUGAUUUUCAAAAAAUAUUGCAUGUUUAUAGGUAUAUUGCAACAUCUACAAAUAAGUAUGUGCACACAUACAGAUAUAAAUUAUAUGUGACUGUUAUUGUUUCCAAAAAAAUAACCGUUAUUUGCGAUUUGUGUUGAAUAUGCGCUUGUACAAUAUAUUAUCAAUAAGAAGCACACAUUGAAAAGAAGUGGAAAAGUAAUUAGUUGCCGCCAACAUGUCGUCGCGGCGUGCCCAAUCCUUACCGCCACAUAUGUUGGAUCAAAAGCCGACCCGUGGAAAAUGUAUAACGGCAAUUUGUUUCUCAUGGAAAGUGAUUUCCUGCGUGGUCUCGCACGUGAUUCUCGUACUGAUGGUGGUGUCAUAUUGUGUUGGAGGCGCUUACCUAUUCCAACAUCUGGAAAAGCCACACGAAAUCGAAGUUAAAAAAGAUAUUCAAAACCUGCGUCUCAACUUGACCGAUAAAAUUUGGCGUUUCUCUGACAAUGCCUCAGUGCUGUCCGAAACUGAUUGGAUCACCAAUGUAAAGAAGGACUUAGCCGGUUUCGAAACACAAAUAGUGACCGCCAUAAAAGCGAAUGGUUGGGAUGGGGAUGAGGACGUUACGAAGUCGCAGUGGACAUUUGCGGGCUCACUUUUUUACUCGAUCAUCGUUAUCACAACUAUAGGUUAUGGACACAUAUCCCCGCGAACGGACUGGGGUAAAGUUACGACCAUUUUCUAUGCCAUUGUGGGCAUACCACUCAUGUUGCUAUGUCUGUCCAAUAUUGGAGAUGUAAUGGCCACUUCUUUCAGAUUCAUAUAUUGGCGCGUUUGUUGCUAUGUUUGCACACGCGCUGCGCGACGCCCACGCCGACCGCGACAACGCUCUGGACGCGGCCAACGGUAUACAUCACGUUCACAGCCGCCACCCAUACGCCGCUCAAUGCGACUCACCCAACGCUCUAUGGCUGAUUCGGGUUUCGGCAAUUCUGCUGGGUUACCACAUGCAUACUCAGAUCCGGAUUUGCGUUCCGGGCGAUAUGAUUACGAAGGCGGACGUAAUAGCGGACGACGACAACAUUACAGCAGCCAUUCACAACGCAGCCGACAGUUACCACCUUAUCAAUAUGACCAACAGUAUUAUGAUGAGGGUCCACGGCAGACACAAACACUUAAUCGUGGCUCAAGGUUCGGACGCAGCCUACGCAAUCGCGAAAGCAUGCGCGGUCGACACACGGUCGAGCGUGAGCGUUACCUCGGACAUCCCAAACAGCGACCAGACUCCUUUGAAGAUCUCAAUGCGCCACAAGCAAAGCGCUCACACAGCAUGCGAUCGGUGCGCGGUUCAAGCGCACGUCGCGACAUUGGUCCACCAUCGCACUCGUUACGUCAUGACGCACGUGAAGCACAUGAAUUACGUGAAGCGCCGCCACGCGAAACGAGAGAAAUGCGCGAAAUCAAUAGAAUGAAUCCGCGCACCAUGCAACGCGGUCGUUCAGUGCCGCAUGCGCCACCUGCGGCACGCGCGAAAUCCGUAGAUCCACGUAUACACUACGACGACACCGUCGAUGAGGAAGUUGUGCGCAAGACGCCCAUCAUACCCAAUCGCUAUGCAAUUGAUGAACUCGACCAUUAUCGCGACCACCAUCGCGAACCUCGCGGCAAACAUAUGCCACGCAGUCAGUCAAUGCCGCGCUCGGCGCUGCAAAAAAAUGGUUAUAACAAGGAUCAAUGUAGUAACGGUGUUAGUUCGUAUCAUUCGCAUCGCAAUCAACCGCGUCACGCAUCUCCGCAGCCACCACAUCGCCAACACUCUGGGUAUCACUCGCAUUAUGGCGAUCGCUUGGAAUUGCCAGAGUUCACUCACCCUCAAAUGAACCACACAAAACGCGGUCGCUCACCGGCGCCCAUUGAUGAUUACGACGAUGAAUACGACGAUUACUGUUUAGAUGAUCGUGAUGUAUACUAUGAUGACUACGACAAUCGUGAGAUGGCGUAUCAACCAAGGCAUAGAGAUCGGCGGUAUCGUAGAGAACGUCCGGAACGCUUACCACCUUCACCGCGCAUCAUGUCUCCCAUGGGGUUCCCGGUAAAGCGCCAGGUACGUCCCCGCUACAGUUAUGAUUAUGAUGACGACUCGAACUAUGGUGACGAUUGGAGCGAUUACUACGGUGAUAUAUCGCCAAAGGAUCGCCCAGUACCGAUCUGGCUUUGUGUAUUUUUGGUUAUCAGCUAUAUUUUGGGUGGCGCUGUACUUUUUGCUUACUGGGAGAAAUGGUCGUUUUUGGACUCUGCCUAUUUCUGUUUCAUAACUUUAACCACAAUCGGUUUUGGCGAUUUCGUGCCCGCUAAGGGUGUGAAAGACGAAUCGGAGCAGUCCAUCGCUUACUGUUCGCUAUAUUUGCUCUUCGGCAUAGCGCUUCUGGCGAUGAGCUUCAAUCUGGUGCAAGAGGAAUUCAUUUGCAACGUGAAAGAGGUGGCGAGACGCUUGGGAAUUUUAAAGGAUGAAGAAGACGACGAUUAAAGUAUGACGAGAAAUUGUUUAUUUUUAUUUUGAUUUUUCGUUUUUUGUUUUACAAAUCAGCAAAGUAGAUACAAAAGCACAAGCAAAAUAUUUACACAAAAAUAACGGUUAGAAAGUGAAGCAAUUUUAAAUUGUAUACAUUUGAAAAUAAACAUACAACAAAGUAAGAGGAAGAGGUUACUAAAAUAAAAUAAAAAAGAUUGAAUUGAAUUUUACCAAAACAUUCAAUGGCGACAAUAAACGAAAGGAUACAACGAAGGUACCGCUGCAUAUUGAU